AUGGCCCGGCCCGUGAAGAAGAAGGAUGCAGAAGACUUCUCCAGUGCCAUCCUCACGAAGCUGACAGAGGAACUCGUGCAGAAGACCGCGACCGAGGAGUUCGCCAAUGAUGUGACGAUCCUCUUCUGUGGCUCUAAGAAGUCGGGGAAGACCUCCCUGGUCGAUCGCUUCAUCAACCCAACGAAGGACGAGAAGGACCAACCAAAGCCCACAGUGGCGCUGGACUACAAGUUCGCGCGCUACGCGACUGAGGGCACUUCCAAAGUGUUGGCCCAUAUCUACGACUUGGGUGGUGAUGAGGCCAACGAGAAUCUGAUUGGGAUCCCCAUCUCCACCUCCACUGUGGGCAAUAUUGUCUUGGCCAUCACGCUGGAUUUGUCGGAGCGCCUUGGUUGGGAUUGGGGAUGGGCCCAAAAAGGGCCGGUCUUAGACCUGGUGCUGGUGGACGUGGCCGCCUUGGGCGUGGUGUUGGAGUUGGUGGCCGCCUUGGGCGUGGUGUUUGCCUGGGGCGUGGCGGCCGUGGCUUGGCCAAUGCUUUCAGGGCAAGAGCUAGGCGGCCUUGGGCCUGGUUUCAUUGGGUCUCCAGCAAAGUUCUCUGCUGUGCUGGUGUCGUGUGACCAGCAUGCAGCCAACAUACGGCAGGCAAAAGAGUUUUUGAAUACAAUGCUGCAGUGCGAAGACGAGAAGGCCGAGUUGGGUCAGAACAGGACACUGGCAAGUUUGAAUGCGCAUGGGCUUGGAACAGCGUACUUGCCUUUGGAUGCACGGGCUAAGGUGUUCCACGGCCUUAGGCCUGGUUCCAGCAUGACAGACGCCAUUGUGGCUGGUGUGCUGUCAGAGUUGGACCAGUUCCUGGUUGUGGACGACUACGGUUCUGUGGAAUGCGUGAAGUAUGCCCGGCAAGAAUACAACAAGAGGCAUCCUAUGACCUUGGUCUGCGAGACAGUUACCAAUGGCAGGCUUUGGCUUGGGGGGGAGAAGGCUGUCCACGACUCAGUGCUCCUCUCUGAGAACGAGGUGGCCCUAGGCUUUGUCCCACUGAGGCGCAAGGCCAUUGAGGCAGGCUUUGUAGCUGCAUUUCCUGUGGGCAAGGCUUCCAAGCCUCCUCUUCUUUACAGAAGCGACCGACAGUCAUCCUCUUCUGAAGCAGAAAGCCUGCUGCUUCCUCAGCAGUUUCAAUUGACAGAGGCUGAGGCCAGCGACACUGGCGCUUCCUUCUACCAUGUGCCCCACCCCCCUGAAGGCUUUGACAAAGGCACCUGGCAUUUUCUUGAGACCCCUGUGUCCACACCUGGUGGCAGCAGCAACCAUGGCGAGACCUCUGACCUCCGAAGACGCAAGCUCCGCCUGCUGGUCCAAGAUUUAACUGCUUUGCAACGCAAAUUGGAAGGCCACGUUGAUGCAGCAGGCGGCUUUGAGCCAGGUGUCACACUGAAAGACGCCUCUGGCGAAGUUGGUGCAGUUGUUGUUGGGUCUGACCUGACUUUGCUAGCUGCGCCUUCGGCGGCGUCUGGCAGUGUGCCUGAGCCACUGCAUCCACCUGGGUAUGUGUCUGGCAGUGUGCCUGAGCCAAUGCAUCCACCUGGGUAUGCAGAUGGAAGCAAAAAGCGCCCAGCAGAGCCCAGCAAGGACAAGCAGCCUCACUUGAAAACUGCAAAGGAUGAGACAAAGGAGGAGGCAAACAAGGACAAGGAGGAGGAGGAGGAGGAGAAGAAGGCAGCUCCCGCUGCGGCUGCUCCUGUGCCGGCGUCAAGUCCUCGAGGUACUGGUGGAGAACUUGUGAAGGAAGAGCCCCAAGAAUCCCAAGAAGCGCCUGAAGGUCCGGCCGGUGCUGCCAACCAAGACAAUCCGAUGGAGGUCGACUUUGGCGGCGACGAUGAUGAUGAUGAUGAGGUAGGAGGGGCUCAGCCUCUGAUGCCUGAGAAGGCCAAGGCAGAGGAAGAGUUGGAAGGCUUGCCAGACCAGGCUGUGCAGAGCUUGUUGGAUUUGCUGGAGGCCCAGAAGGUGUCCCACCAGUCUUUGCUUUCCAAGCUGGAACGUUUGGAAGCAGCCAGGAUGACAGAGGAGCAGCGCACGAUGUUGCUGGACGCCUUGUUGAACAGGGACCCGGCCUUGGUGGAUCACAUCCAGAAGCUGCCUGUCCCACUGCUACUGGAGGUGGCCGACAGCCAGGGGAUGACCUUGUUGCACCAUGCGGUCAGGCUUGGUCAGGUUGAGGUUGUAGAGCUCCUGGUGACCCGAUGCCCUGAAGCUGUUGAGAGGACAACAAAGAUUGAUGCGCGCCCUGCUAGGUGGACAGCUUUGAUGGUGCUCAUGGACACUCCAGUUCAUCAAAUUGGGGAAGGGAGCUUUGAACGCAUCAUGCGGUGUUUGCUGCAUUCGAUGAGUGUUGGGGCGAUUGCGCUGCAAGCCUACACUGGCACGACAGCCUGUCACUUGGCAGCUGCGCAAGCCAACCUGUGGGCGGUCAAAAAGAUUUGCUGGACGAUGUACACGAAGGCUGGCGAAACGGAAUCGGCGUUCCGCCAGGUCAGUGCUAUGUUGAACAGCAGGUCUGGCAAGCGAGGCGCUGGAGCUGUGGACCUGGCUUUGGGCACCAACUUGCCAGUGGCCAACUACCUGAAGAUGUGGGGGGGUGAGGAGCAAUGCCCGAACCCAAAGUGGAUGACCGCAUUGUGGUCAACCCUCACAAAGCCAGUGAUGAGGGUGCAUUUUGCGCUAUUCAAAUAUGCUACAUGGCUCUCAGAGCGCGUUGGCCUGGAAGAACAUGAUGCCAAUGCCGACGAUGCUGAUGACGCAGCAAGGCAUGCUGAAGAAGCCGAGGAAGGAGAGGACUGGCGACCCAUGUCAAUGGCUUGUUUCUGCAAGGCUUCUUUGAACCCUGCUCUGAAAGCUUUGCAAUCCAUGAGCAAGCUGGCCCACCAACCCUCUGGUUUUGCUUGGGAUUCAGCUGUAUUGGCCUCUGGCCCUGUUCUGGACUGGAGCCAAGAAAGGCUCAGAAUCACACGCCGAACUUUGUGCAUGACAGUGGGCCAAUUGUGGCGAAAACUGGUGUAUCCCUUUCAGCAAUACCCUUGGGCCUUGGCCACGUUGGCGGAUCCGACUGCAGCUCUGAGCGACAAGCAAACCUGUGUGAGAGAAUUGUUCAGUUGCAACAUGUGUCAGCUUGAUGCUUUUGCCCGCCAGCUUAGGGAGACUGUCCCAGAGAGUGAGGCGCUGGAUCCAGACAAUUUGCAGUUUUUGGACGCAGUUUUCCAGCGCGUUGCACCUUGCAAGACCGCCAAAGAGCCGCUCAGCAAGCGUGGUCGGCUGCCAGCAGAGAAGAGAAAGCCAGGCGAGGGCAUUAUUUUUUCACUAGCUUUUAGCGCGGCAGCUGGGCAAGAUGCUGUUGCAGGAAAUGCACCGGCUCUGGAUUUGACCAGUGAUCGGGCGCUAUUUGUAGAGCUGGCGCAACUGGCCUCUGACUGGACUUUCCAUUUUGUGGACAUUGGCGGUGUUCGCGCCUUGUCAAGGUUCAAUGUGACUUCUGUCACAGCUUUUGAAGAAAACGCGUUCCAGCAAAAGGCUCAGGAAGCCAGUGAAACUGCCCAGGCUUUGCAAGCUUUGAGCCAUAUGCUUGGCACAGGGAAGAAACGCCAAGCUUCAGACCAAGCCAGGGCCCCGCUUCGAAUCCAAGCCUGCUCUGCAGAGGUGACCUCUGCCACAGCAAAUCGCCAACGCAGAGGUGAGGCAGAGGAUAUGCUUGCCACCAGGCCUUGGGCCAAGUACAGGAAAGUGCCGCAGCACAAGGUUCGUGUGCCUGAGGGCAAAUGCUGCUUGCCCUGCUACAACGUCUUUCGGUUGUUGGGAAAGCACAGAAAGCACAAGUCCUACCAAGACUACUACAAGCAUAUUAGCCAGAGGCAGAAUCAACAUGAACACAAAGACUUCUUAGCGGCGGUCAAGCAAUGGUUGAAGCAACACCUAGAAAAUCCAGACAAAUUCAAACUUCACGACAAAGAGGAACUGCUGAAAACGCAAAGGGAACUCGUAAUUUCCAAGAAGCAGGGGGGCAGGAUCACAGGUCCAAAGAAGCAGUUUGUCCUGAGCUCUCACUGGGACACUGCUCGCCACGGCGAAUGGGACCCAAGCAAGGAAGUAGAAGCUUGGAUCGACGGAGCCUAUCGCAAGGGCGUGUGGCGUUCAGUUGGGCAGGAGGGCGUCUACGACUUCGAAGCUUAUGAGGACACAGGAGUCGAGGAGCGGGUGAUUGAAGAUGAUGGAAAGCAAGAGAUCUUUGCAGAAGAGGCAUUCCAAGCCAAGAAGCAAGCUGCCCUGGACACACUGCACAAACAAGCAAAGGACAGGGAGGCCACCUCUGUGAAAGCUAAGGAGAAUGAUAUGACCUUUACGGACUUGGUCCAGGUUGCGCGCUCUUUUGGUGAUCGGUCUUCCAGCUCUGCUGCGGCUGCUGCUGAAACUAAGACUGCUGAGGACGAGCAGGCGCAGGCAGUGGAGGAGAGUUCCUCCAGCUCAACAUCCUCCAGCUCAGGGGAUGAAGCGGCAGUUGGUUUGGACUUGCUGUCGGGGGCUGCCCCACAGAAAAGCAAUGCAGACCAUGCUGAGAAGCCCAAAGCCAAGCCCAAACCCAAGGCAAAGGACACAGCCAAAACGACUAAAACUGCCUCAACUGCACCCAAGACUGGCAAGGCUUCUAGCCAGGUUACAGCCGCUCCAAGCAAAAGCCAGGGCAGCAGUGCCCUUGCUGGUGAAAGUAUGGGCCCUGGCCCCGGUAUGUUGUCAUUGGAUGGCAGAGCCAGCAGGACUUUGAAGUCACUGGAAACGGCCAUUGAGCAAGCCCAGGAAAGCAUCAGCAAAGUCAACUAUGAUGAUCAGCCUCUGAGCACGAGUCAGCUGAAAGAUUUCAAAGCCGAGGCGACCCAAAGGAUGGCUGUUUUGAACUCUGCUGCUAAAAAGGCCAAGGAAACUUUGACCCGAGUGGGAAAGUCCAACAACAAGGAUUCCUUUCAGAUACAGAUGGACAAGUUACAAGGUCUCGCAGCCUUGGCUUCGGCUGGGUCCAAGCUUCUGGCACAAGUCAUUGCACCCACCCUGGACGCAGAUGCUUACAUCAGUGCCCAUGAGGAAGUCGCUUCCAAUGGUGGUAAGUUGGGCCCGCUUUACUGGUUGAAGCUGGUUGUUGCCAACGGUCAGAAAGAACUGCUUUACGGUAAGUACAGUGGCUUCUGCGAGGCUUUUGUUUUGUCAAAAGAGCAACAUGACAAGCCAAUCAACAAACUGGAAACGCUCAUGGGCAAGGAUGAGGCAGCCAAGCGUUGCGCAGUGGAAGUAGAGAACCGCAUGUUGGCUUCUUUGCGGGCAAUUCCUGCCAGUGAACUUGCCCUUCUUGGAGCCGGCAAGACUGCAGCUGACUUGGGCAGCGAGGCCCCACGGCUGAAUGAAAGUUUAGAUUUUGCAGCAGCCAUGUUGGAGGCUUGCUACGAGCAUUCAGAAGAGUUUAUGGCAGCUGAAUUGAAAGAAUCUGUGAGAACAGUGCAGUGCUUCCUUGGGCAAGACCAUGUUGGCGCGCUCUUGGAGCAGGUUUCUGCAUUGUCGAGCAAUCGGCUUGUCGCAAUGCCUGCUUUGCAGCGGUUCUUCUUGCAACAUGACACUGGCAAGUCUUUGUUUGCCACAGCGCAGCUCAGGGUGGAACAUUGCGACAAGGAAAAAGAGUUCCAAGACAAACUGGAUCUUUUGGAAAAGGCGGUGAAGCACCUGGCGGCUUGGCAAAAGCAAAGCUUGCCCGAGGCUGAGUCAGGAGUUGCGGCAGUUCACAAACGAAUUGAGCCAGCUGUUGAGGCCCUGGAAGUUGUGAAGCAAACCGCUUUUUUUGCAGACAUGAAGAAAAAGAAACAAGAGCAUGCCUCCAACCGUUUACUUCCUGACCUGGAACGGCUGGAGGAGCAACUUGGCCUGCGGUCUUCUGAGAUGGUUUGGCUGAUCUGCAAAGAAAACAUGGAGAAUCACUUGAAUUAUUUCUCGAAUGCUUUGGAGAAGGAGUGCAUGGUGGAUCUAGGACAUGGCAAGUCUGGGUUAAUCAACCUAGAUGAAAUCUUACUGUCUUUCAAAGCCACUGCGUUUGUGAGUCUUAAGGUGUGGGACAAGUUGCCAUCGGCGGCUGCAGCUGUUAAGCAGUACAAGGAAGCUUCAGAGCUGGCAGCCAAUGUUGCCCAGUAUGUUUUCCAGAAGCAUGCAGCCUUCUCUCAGAUGCCUUCUGGUGGAAAGGCAGUGGAGCCAGAGACCUUGCACAAAUGGAAGGUUUCGGGUUUUACCCUGGUGCAGCCUUAUGUACCUGAAGAGGUCGCAAAAAGGUUUGAAACCAUGUUUGUGGCUGUGGUUGAAGCUGAGCUGGCCACGGUUUUUUCGAAAGGGUUGGACAGCGUUGCGCCCAUUAUUGCCGAGCUUCCUGGCUUGUCCACAGACCCACAAGUUAUGUGCCAACUUUCCCAUGCCUUGCUGGCUUUUUGGCUGAAGCUUCAACCGCUCUUGGAGCAGGUGCAAAACAAGUCAGCGCCUGCCGACUUGCUUGCAGAGCUUGGCCAAGUUGGCUUCAGUGAGCCACAAACUUUGGCUUGGUUAACUAGCAGUGUUGCUCAACUAGGCAGCAACCUUUCCAAGGCAUGCAAAGCAGAACUUGAGGAGACCUGGACUGCCGCCGCCGAACUGGAAAAGUGCUGUGCAAAGUUACCGGACCCCGCGUCCAACGAAGACCUGUACAGGGGCGAAGGUGUCAAGUUAACAAAAACCAUGGCAGACUUGGUUGCGCAAAUCGGAAAGACCGAGAAAAACAGGAUGAAAAUGGUGGAGGCUGUCAAGAAGCUGUCUCAGAUCCAGCUGCCUGGAACCAUGGGCGAGAAUGGCUUCAACGCUUUGUUUCAAGAGUACAAUGGCGGAGAAGCAGGCUACACAAGCAAAGUCCUGAGCGCAGCGGCCUCUGGCUCGGUGCAUGUCGCCAUGGUGGCAGGUUUGUGUCUUCUCCGAAAUGCUGCCCUGGGCGCUUCCAACGACGAAGGCAAAAUGAUCAGGAAACAAUUGCACAGCGUAGCAGAAGCCCUCAAGCAAAAGGUUGAGGCACUCAAGCUUGCUGACAGUGCUGACCAGGCGCUGGUAACGAAGGCAGAAAAAGUUUUGAAGGAGGCAGCAAGCCAAGAAAAGGCGCCAGAACCUGCGCCUAAGAAGCGCCGCACAAACGAAGAAGCUGCAUCACAGGAGGUGGCCACCAAAGGGAAGGGCAGGGGCAGAGGAAGAGGCAAGCGCUAG